CCGGUGACACACAGGCAUCCGCACUCCUGCUACUGUCAGCAGCGCUCCACUGGAUGUUAAACUGUAAUAAAAACUCUAGUUAAGGUGUAACCAGGACUUAUUUUUGCACUUUGGCCGCAAUGAAGUAUUUCUGCCGGUGAAGUAAGGAUUGAGUCAAGGUGUCACACUAGUGAGUGAUGGGGACGAACAGCCAGAGCACCACCAUCAUGGAAACUGAGAAUGACGUCCAAACCCCGGCUCAGUUUGUGGAUGACACUGCAGCUUGCAUUGUUUCUGUCAAAGGCUUAAAGGAGAACUGGCAGAAGUGGUCCAACGAGCACCAGGAGUACCAGAAGCACAAUCCUUUCAGUCAUGACACAAGGCCGGGCGGGGUGGUCCCCCAGAGGGGGCAGGAUGAUUAUGGAAGACCCCUGCAGGGGUCCAUGACAGAGCAGCGCGGGAAGGACGCCCACACACACAUCAGCAGAGAGGUUCAGGAGCUGUGUGCGGUGAUAAAGAACAUCGGAGAGCCAAGAGGUUUAGAUGGAGCCGUGGCUGUGGAGUUUGGGAAGCUGUUUGAGCACUAUGUGACUAUCUCUAAUAAACUGGUGGGGAUUCUUCUACGAGCGAGGAAACAGAGACUGGUUGACUUUCAGGGGGAGAUGCUGUGGCAGGGAAAGGAUGAUCAUGUAGUUAUCACUUUAAUACAGUAAUGGGACCCUUUGGAUUAAUGUUGAUGCCUUGAUUCGUGUUGCAUGCACGUGCACAGCUACUUCAUGCACUGCAUAGUGCCAGCAUUGUUUGCUUUAUGGAAAAACAGCCUCAUAAAACUAUAUUAAUAGUACUAAAUACACAUAUAAUAUUACAUUCAUUACGCAGAUGGUCUGGAAAGAAUGUGUCAUAAUUCCUUAAUGCAAAUUAGUGCAACUUUUGCGCAUACAAGUGCAUCUACCUUUUACACUAAUAGCUAUACAUGAAGGCCAGAUACAUGCAGGAGAUGCCCAAAAGACUGUCACUGUCAAAGUUGGUGCCACUUAGCAUCAAGAAGACAUCAGCAGAUUGUUGCCAGAGAUUUCAAAGCAAAAGCGCCCAAACUGGACACACGUACCGUGUAUGUUUAGAAAGAGUUCACCCUGAUACUGCCUAUUUUUGUAGCAGUGUUUAAUUGGGUAUCUUUGCUACUUCGAAAAAUAGUGCACUGUUGUACUUUUACAUAAUUUAAUCUAGAUUUCAUUGGCACUUGCUCUGCUCCUCCCCAUAUAAAAUGCAGAGAGAAAAGUAACUUUUCACAUAUAAACUGGACAAAAUCCUUUUACUGUAUUUCCUUUGUCAGCAUUUCACUGCGGUGAAAGUAGAGGAGUGAGUGGCUGAAACAAAGAGUGGUUUAAGGGGCUGAACCAAGGCCAAAGAGAACAUGAGGCUGCCUGUGACAGACAAUAUGGUGCUAUAGGAUGAACCUGAUCCGACGUGGCCUGGAUGCUCCAGACCAUGAAUUCAUUACAAGUGCGCUUUGUAAUUAAGCAACGCAGUGUACCUGAAGCACACAGACAGACAGAGGAACCGUUAACUAACAUGCUGGAAAAAAAUGUAAUGGAACUAUAAAUUUACUUGCAAACAAAAUUAAGAAGGGAUUUUUAACAGAGGUAAUAACAAGUACUGCUGACAUAUAAUAAAGAAAAGAAACCGUGUCCUUGUAGUUGUUGUGUUGCUGCUUGGGCUCUGAGAACUGUAAGCACUGACUGGUGUUGUUAAACUAGCAGAGAGAGUGUGUGUCUCACAUCCAGGUAUAACAAAGGCACUGACAAGCAGCAAUAUAUUAUUUAUUCUAAAUUAACAUAAUUAUUUGUUGUACAACAUACAGCGAUUCAGAUAAAUUAAUAAUGCAGCACAGUAUGGCAAUAUUUCGUAUAUAUUAUAUAUUUUAAUUGACCUUUACACAUGACAUCAAAUCAAACAUGAGACAAACAUCUCUGAGCCUGUUGGAGAAAAUCAAGUGUACUAUACUUUACCUUCAGUGUCAGGAGAUUACUCAGUGGUUCCCAC